AUGGGUCGCAAACUCGGCCUCUUCCGGGCCAUCUACCUAGUCUCGGCCAGCUGCAUGGGCUCCUUUGCAUUCGCCUUUGACACAGGCAUCAUCAGUGGUGUCCUCGCCUUGAAUUCCUUCCAGGAAGACUUCAAGUACACCCACUACACGAAAGCCCAGAAGACCACCGUCAACUCCAACGCCGUCUCCAUCUUGCAGGGUGGUGCCUUUUUUGGAUGCUUCCUGAUCUCACCCGUCGCCUCAUACCUUGGUCGCCGCACCGGUCUCAUCGUCAGCUCCCUCAUCUUUACCGUCGGUACAAUCUUGCAGGUUAUCAACUCGGGAACCCUCGGCACCUUCUAUGCAGGCCGCGUGGUGGCGGGAUUUGGCAUCGGCUCUGCGACUGUCUUGAUCCCAAUGUACUCGGCGGAAAUGUCACCAAAGGAGUUUCGAGGCAGAUUGGGUGCUUGCUUCCAGCUCUUUUUCGCACUGGGUGUCAUGAUCGCAUACUGGACUACAUACGCCGUGUCUAAAGACCAACCAGAGGGAACCAAUCAGUGGCAGACCGCGUUGGGUCUGCAGCUCCUCGGCUCAACCUUGUUGCUUAUCGGCAUGUGUACGGUCAAAGAGAGUGCUCGUUGGCUAGCAUCCAAGGGAAAAAUCGACAAGGCUCGCGAAUCACUCAAGUGGAUUCGCGGCGGCGAAGAGACUCCAGAACUGCAGGCAGAAUUCGAUGAGAUCUUAGCUGGUAUUGAAGAAGAAGCCCGCGUGAAAGAGAAUCUGACGAUCCGCGAGCUGUUCCUCCCGGCCAACCGCUACCGAAUUUUUAUUGCGAUCACGAUUCAGCUCUGCGCCCAGCUCACUGGAAAUACCUCGCUCGCAUACUACGCCACCCAGAUCUUCAGCGCUGUUGGCGCCGGCAGCUCAGCCAAGCUCGUCACGGGGUUCUUCGGUGUAGUCAAGGUGUGUGGUGUCUUGAUUUUCCAGACAUUCGUGCUAGAUCGCAUUGGCCGACGCGUGCCAUUUAUGGCAGGCGCUUUUGCCAUGGGCUCGUUUAUGUUGAUCAUUGCCUGCAUUUUGGCGACACACCCAGUCAAUGCAAGCGCCACAGGGGCCAGUUCCGCCGGCAUUGCCUGUAUUAUCAUGACCUAUGCAGAGGCGUUUAGCUACAACAUGUCGUGGGGUCCUCUACCGUGGCUAUAUAUGGGCGAAAUCUUCUCUAGCCGAACUCGGGAGGCUGGUGUCGCUAUCGGUGCCGCAUCGCAAUGGCUGUUCAAUUUUAUGAUGUCCCAGGUCACUCCGCACGCGAUCGAGAAUAUCGGAUGGCGCAUGUUUUUGAUGUUUGCCAUUUUCAACUACGCUAUCAUCGGAUACUCGUGGCUGGUCUUGAAAGAGACCUCGCAACACUCGCUGGAGGAAAUGCAGGAAGUCUUUGGGGGACCGAAGCAUCAGCAAAAGCAUGUGGAAGCUGCGGUGCACGAAGAGAACACGCAGUCUGACGCCAAAGAAGCCGCUGAUCCCGUCAAACAGUAG